UAUUUAGUUGUGUGCACGCCGUUCACUUGCACGAGGUUGUGUGUUGAGUGUUCUUACUUUCAGAUUUGUUUUGCUCAUAAUAUUUAAUCAUCCAUGAAUUUCUCUUGAUACAUAUUGCAAAUUAAAACAAUAAAUAUGUCGGGUGAAGAGUACGAUAGUGAAAUGGAUUGUUCGGAUUCGGACUGUGGAGAUACGGGUUAUGAGGACUAUUACAAUGUUCAACCUUGGGGAGGCGAAGCUGACAAUGACGUUGAUCCGGAUCAAGGACGAAAGGAUCCCGAAUACGCAAUUCACGAUUGUCUUCGAGUUGAAGAAGUCGAGAGGUUAUUAAACGAAAAUGUUGAGGUUUUAAGUAAUAAUCUUCACAUUACACCGUCCUUAGCCAAAGUCCUGCUUCAUACACACGAUUGGGCUUUGCAAGAUGUUCUCGCCAAGUAUCGCACAAAUUCUUCAAAUUUUCUCGUCACUUCGAAAGUGAAACCCCUACAUCCGCCAGAUCCGUCGUGUGCUCUUAAAAUUCAAAGAGGUGGAUUUUGCACAGUCUGCGUUACUAUUUGUCCACCGGAAAGAUUCGCUCUUCUCACGUGUGGACAUUCUUUCUGUAAAGAAUGCUGGUGCAUGCAUUUUGAAGUUCAAAUCACUCAAGGCAUCUCAACUGGAAUCAGUUGUAUGGCGCAAGAGUGCGACGUUUUGGUACCAGAAGAUUUUGUGCUCACGCUUUUGACAAAACCGAGUAUGCGAGAAAGAUAUCAGCAAUUUGCUUUUCGAGAUUAUGUUAAAUCACAUCCGCAAUUGAGAUUUUGUCCGGGUCCUAAUUGUCAAAUUGUCAUGCGAUCCAAGGAACAUCGAGCUAAACGAGUCAAGUGCUCGUCAUGCAAAAGUAUAUUUUGUUUUCGAUGUGGUAUGGACUAUCAUGCGCCGACUGAUUGUAAUACCAUUAAAAAAUGGUUGACAAAAUGUGCAGACGAUUCAGAAACUGCAAAUUAUAUCAGUGCCCAUACCAAAGACUGUCCAAAAUGUCAUAUUUGUAUAGAGAAAAACGGAGGUUGUAAUCACAUGCAGUGUUACACUUGUAAACACGAAUUUUGUUGGAUGUGCCUUGGUGACUGGAAAGCACACGGAAGUGAAUAUUAUGAAUGUUCACGUUACAAGGAAAAUCCAAAUAUUGCUCAUGAAAGCGUUCACGCUCAAGCUAGAGAAGCUCUUAAAAAGUAUCUUCAUUAUUACGAAAGGUGGGAGAAUCACAGUAAAUCUUUAAAGUUAGAACAACAGACCUUGGAGGUCAUAAAAAUGAGGAUUAAUAAGAAAGUAAUGAAUGCAAGUGGAACUUGGAUCGAUUGGCAACAUUUGUACGAAGCUGCCUCUUUAUUGGCUCGCUGUCGUUACACUUUACAAUACACAUAUCCUUAUGCUUACUAUAUGGAGGCAGGGCCACGAAAAGAAUUGUUUGAAUAUCAACAAGCUCAAUUGGAGGCCGAAAUAGAGAAUCUCUCGUGGAAAAUUGAAAGAGCUGAGACAACUGAUCGUGGAGAUUUGGAGAAUCAGAUGGAUAUUGCAGAAAAACGUCGUGUCACGUUAUUAAAAGAUUUUCUCGAUGUCUAAAAGAACUUAAAUUAUGGUUUUCUUUUCAAUUAAUAUAUGAGUCGAAUAAUGAAUUAGGGAAAAGAAGGAUUCUAGAUUCUCUUUAAGAGAACACGAAAAGAGAAAACUCGACAAAUUCAGUGAAGUUUACUGAGUAUUGUAAAUAGUUAAACAAUUAAUUCAGUGUCAAAGGAAGCAAAAGAAUUGCAAUGAAAAUUUGAAAAAGUAACGAUUAUUUAUUAAUUAUGUGAGAAAUCCAUUUUACUGCUAUAUUCAUACGAUAUUUAGCUAUUCUUGUAAAGUUCUUUGACUUAGAUAAAUGCGCUAGACUGAAAUUUUCUUGUUAUAAGGAAUUCGUGCAAAUUCAUACUCAAAUAAUACUUGAAAAUUAUUCAAGUUUUAUUUUUCCUUAGCAAUUUUUUUUUUGAAUUGUACUUUUGUACCGUUUAUUUUUAGUUAUAAUUUUUUUAUU